AUGAGAGAGUAUAUUUUCCGAACUUAUCGCGCAAGUUGCACUGGUUUCGACAGCAGGGGAGCUUGGGGAGACACCGAGUACAAGGAAGCUUCCGGAAGCAAACCUUCGUGUGAUUUGUGUUGUCUUUCGAGGAGAGGCCGAAAACCUUUGCGCAUGUCUUUUGAAGAGGGAACUGUAAAGAGACUCGCUUGGGGAGGUGAUCUCGAGGAGGAAUUGAGUGCGAUUCAUGCGCAGCCCACGCCCCAGGAACGGACUGGCCGUCUCCCAGAAGUUUCUAUAAAGUCUGCGUCCGAAGCCAGACAUCAUGACUGUCACAUGCUGGACUGCCCGCUACAGAAGCGGGAAAUAUAA